GCGGGAAGCCGGGCCUGACGCGCGUUCCGCCCGAGGCAGGGACCGGCGAGCGGCUGCGCGCCUGCCAGGAGCUCUGGGAGCAGCCGGGCCCUCUCCUGGCUCUGUGCCCUGCCCCAGCCGCAGCCGAGUGGGCACCAGGACCAGCCGCUGUCUACCUCCAGCCAUGGCGCCCCUGCUCGCCCUGGUGAUGGUGGCCCUGCUGGGCCUCCCUCUGGCCCAGGCCCUGGACUGCCACGUGUGUGCCUACCACGGAGACAACUGCUUCAACCCCAUGCGCUGCCCGGCCAUGGUCACCUACUGCAUGACCACACGCACCUACUACACGCCCACCAAGAUGAAAGUGAGCAAGUCCUGCGUGCCCAGCUGCUUCGAGACCGUGUAUGACGGCUACUCCAAGCACGCGUCCACCACCUCCUGCUGCCAGUACGACCUCUGCAACCGUGCCGGCCUCGCGGGCCCCGGCGCCCUGGCCCUGCUCCCCGCGCUGCUGGCCAGCCUCUGGGCUCUGCUCUAGGGCCGGGCCGGGCCGGCGGGGCUCUGAGACCCAGGCCCACCCCCGCCCCUGAUGCCUCUCCACCGUCCGUCAGCCACACCCAGCACCCAGAACUUUUGCAGGAGGACCCCGCCCUGCCCCGUCCAGCCGCAGGCUACCCGACCAGCGGAGCCCCCCAGAGAGUUCUGGCUUUGGCCAGGCUUGGGGAGGGGGCUUGAGGAACGCUGAUGGGAGGGGUGGCCAAACCCCACCUCUGGGCAGCUUGGGAAGGAGGCCCCACCCUACUGCCCAUGUCCGGGGGCUGGAGCACGCUGAGGGUGGUCCUGGGAGAGGGCCCUGGGCCCCAGGCUGCCCAGGGCAGGCUGUUGUCACCUUUAGCUGUCCUGGGAGUAGAGCCAGGCCCAGUGUCCCAGCAGUCCUUGGUGGGGGAGGGGUGGCUGCCCUGAGGCCCCAGAAACCAUCAGAUCCGGCAGGGGUGGGUGGGGGAGUCCUUGUCUCCCCUACCUCCCCCCCAGCUCAGCCAAACCCCUUGAGCUUCCCCUGCCAGAGCCUGGGCUGCUGGGGUGGGGGUGGGGUGUUCUAUAUUUGGCAGCGCCUGAGUGCCGCCCAGGGCCAGGGCUAUUCUGGGCGCACAGGUGGGGGCAGGGCAGGUGGGCCUGGGCCUGGGCUCAGCCUGUGCACCUGGGGCAGACGGGGGCAGAGGUACCCUGGGAGACCCCGGGCAGGCUUGUGGCCAAGUCGGUAAAUCCCAGGAGGGUGGGUGUGUGGCAAGCAGGCCGGGAUCUGACCCCAGGGUCCUUCCAGCCUCUCCAGCCGCAGACCCCACCCCACCCCAGUCCCGCCCAGCCCCCCUCCCAGUGGCCAGUGGCCCCCUGAGGCCAGACGAGCUGAGAUGUCGGUGCCCCUUGCCUGACCAGCACCCCAGCUGCGGUGUCCACUACGAGCCCCCCAGGCUGGCCCAGCCCAGGCCACAGCACAGCCCUGGAGGCCGCCGGGUCCUGUUGGGGGCAGGGCAGGCCCCCUGGAGACCAUGGUGAGAACUUGGUCCCAUCUGGGAGACAAGGGGUUCCAGGGGAAAGACCUCUUGAGGGGCUCUUGGGGGGCCUGGCCAGAGGGGACACUGGACCUCCCAGAAUGAGGACAGCUUCGUGGCAGAGUAGGAGGGGGAGGGGCUGCACACGGGACCCCAGGGACCCCAGUGGCCGGGAGAGCAGCCCUAGGCCGUGUGAGCAGUCCCCUGUGAGCCCCUCCACGGGGGAGGCUGGAAGGAAGGCCUGGUUACUGGAUCUCCCGCAGGAACCUCAGGACAGAGGCCAGCGCGGGAGGGAGGCGCACGGGGCCUCCUGACAGCGGAGUGAAUCCAAAACAUGGCCCUGCCAGGCUGGGAGGGGCACCAGGGCCGCUCACCCACCUGCCUGCUCCGUGGGGUUUCGGGAAGAGCCUGGUCAACCCGUGGACCCAGGGAGGGCUCACGGCAGGGACCCCCCGGGAGCUGGGGGUUGCUGUGACGUGGGGGCAGCUUCUCACUCCUGACCGGUCCAAGCCCCGUGAGAUUGCACGGCCCCCGUCCAGGGACCCUGCUGCACCCCCACCGCAACCCCGCACCAGCAUCCUAGCGCAGUGCACGCAGGCGGCCACUAGAGGGAGCCUGUGGCCCUGCAUGAGCCACAGGAACUGGCACAGUGGUGCAGCGUGGACACCGCCGCAGGGAUGUGGGCCCCGGGGGCGUCGGCGCGCUCGGCUGCUCCGUCCCUCCCUGCAGGUGGAUCCUGGCACUGAUGCGGCCCAGCAAGGUGGGCGUCACUGCCAUACUUCGUGUUAGUAGUCACAAGAGCUUGGGCCGAGGGCAGCUCAAAGGCGGAGAGGAGAUGGAGAGGUGUGAGACGCUGGGAGGGUGAAGUCGGGUGUGGGGUGCGGCCGUGCAGCGGCAGAGAAGGCAGAGGCACUGGGCGCCACGGGGCAAGGAGCUGGGCAGAUCACGGCAAGUCUCUCCAGUGGAAACCAGAGCCCCCGAGGCUGGCGGGGGCACAGGGCUGCCUGCUGCCGGCUCUGCAGAAUCCACACUCCAGGCAGCCCCGUGCCUCGGCCACGGAGCAUCCUGCGUCCCGCACGAGUGACAGAGCAGCGGCACUGACCUGGAGAGUUGCCAGGCCGGCGCCCGCAGCGCAGAGCCGCGCCAGAGCAGGGGGUGCAGGUGGUCUGCGGGGUGCAGCAGCGCCUGCGCAGGUCCCGCCCCCUGGGGAGCUGGAGGAGGGGUGGGGCUGCACUGCCUGCGCCUUCCUGCCGCCCUGUGGCGUCUGAUUUGUUGCGAGGAAUGUGUGUUUUAUCGGUCAUUCUAAAACGUACAAAGAAAUAGAGAGGCCCCCUGUGUUUUACACGCACGCCUUUCUAAGCAUGUUCU